CAAAUCUUUCAUUAAAGAUUUCUAUGCUUUUCACAACUGUAGAAAAAUAUUAGAUUGUUAUAGUUUUAUUUCAAACCAAAGAAAGCCUUUUAGUUGUACUAAGCUAAAAAAAGAAUCACAAUGGAAGGACUUACUUUUCGUAGCAUUAUGCGUCAUCCAUCCUUAAUUCCGUUGUACAUGUGUGUAGUUGGUGGACUAGGCUCGGCUGCGUAUUAUUCUCACCGAGUGGCUACCAAAAGCCCAGAUAUUAUCUGGGAUCGUAAGAAGAAUCCAGAGCCAUGGCAGGAAUACAAGGAUAAGCAGUAUAAGAUGUACUCUCCAAUAAGGGAUUACUCCAAGAUUGAGUGUAAGGCACCUCAGUUCUAGGUUUCUGCGUUACCGUUACCUGUUUUUAGAGCUGUUUUUAAACAAUUUUGUGAAAAAUUGUUUUCGUAUUGAAUUUAA